AUGGCGACCCAAGCCGAACAACAAGCAGCAGCCAACGCCUUCAUCCAGGAGGUCUGGGGCCUCCAAGGAGCAGCGUACCUCAUCGUCGGUCUUCGAUAUUAUAGUCAAUUCUCUUCGUUUGGCCGACGCAUCCAGUUGGACGAUGUUCUCAUGUUACUAGCUACAAUAGUAUACACCGCCGAGUCAGUAGCAGCAUACUUCGUCGUCGCAUACUGGAAAGGGUUGGCGAACAACGGUAUAACACCUGCGCAGCGUCAAGCAUUGAGGGAUGACCCGGACAGUCCUGAAUGGGCUCUUCGAGUAAACGGAUCAAAAACUCAUGUCAUUGGUCUUUUACUUUACAUGACGUUAUUAUGGCUUCUCAAGGGCUAUUGGGUUGUCUACUAUCUACGCCUAACCGAAGGUGUAGCUUCGUCGAAGAGAUAUGCUCGUUGGGGCGCUGUCAUCAUCCCCGUCACAUACAUAUCUUGCUUCUUGAUAGCUUUCCUUAAGUGCAUACCGUUUGAGAAGCAAUGGCAGAUCGACCCCGAACCACAAAACUCUUGCCUGCCAGCUAUCACAUACAUACAGACUAUCUAUGUUAUGGCCAUGAAUACCGCCACCGACUUCUUUUUGAUGUCAAUUCCACUCCCUAUGAUCUGGAAAGCUAGGAUGCCUUGGCGCAAGAAGGUUGUUAUCAUGUUCAUGUUUAGUGGUGCGCUCUUAGAAAUGAUAUUUGGUAUCUUGAGAGCAGUGUCUAUCCUCACGAAGGGAAAUACCGAUCCAGCCCAGUCGGGCUACUGGUCCGUUCGCGAAUCAUUCGUCAGUUUUGUUGUCACAAAUCUCCCCAUGGUCUAUCCACUCCUCAAACGAGUCGUUGAGAAAACAGUCUCGGUUUCCAAAAGCGGUACCCGUACUCCAGGUCUAGGAGAUAGCCAGGGUUACCGUCUUGGGGACUACAAGAAUAAAGUCAGCUCACGAUCACGACCCGACGAAACAGAUUUGGGAGACACGGUCUGGGGAUCGAAGGACCAUAUUGUACCCGCUGAUGGGCAAGCAAGUGGCGAUGAGGUCUCAAUACAAGGUGCCAGCAAAGCACAUCGGGACUCACACCUUGGUAUAAGAUCUCAAAAUACCGCUAAAGCUGUGGGUGGGCUCCAGCCAAGCAAGAGUCAUGGUCGGAAACAAGGAUUGGAAGUGGGACAUGGGGAGAUUAUGGUUACGUCUGAGUAUGUAGUGCGAGUGGAUGAGUGA